CGUCCGACAGAAUCAUGGGACGAUAUUAUCAUACAUUUGAUAACCGGUGCCACAUGCUCGAGGCAGUCAACAGAAAGGUUCAGCCUUCAUCACAUUUACAAACUAAGGCUAGUCAAGUAAAGGUCUCAUCGCUUGUUAGCUCUAGAACAGCAGCAUGUCAAAAAUGCAAGGGAGAUCAUCAGAUAUAUGCAUGUGAACAAUUUUUGAAGCUUUCUUCAGAGGAUCGCCUGAAGUGUAUCAAGGAGUACAAGCUAUGCUGGAACUGCAUGAAGGCUUCAUCGCAUACGGCAAAAACCUGUAAAUCGAGUAAUUGUAAGACGUGUGGUAAACGACAUAACACGUUAUUGCAUAUUUCAAAGGACGAGUCGCAAGAGACGGCUGCGGCUCCCUCACUUCAAUCAGCAAAUUUGCAAGUAAAUUCAUCUACAUUGAAGAUGGCCCAUACUACAAUGUCGAAUUUGUCAUCACAAGUAUUUUUAUCAACGGCAUUAGUAAAUGUGCAGGAUUGUCAAGGAGUAAAGCAAACAUGUCGCGCACUCCUGGACUCAGGGUCUCAGUCCAAUUUUAUAACAGAGGAUUUAGUACGACAUCUAGGCCUUACGACAAAAUCAAUUGAUAUUUCAAUCGUCGGAGUCAAUCAAGCAUGCAGUAAAAUUCAAAAAAUGGUUCAAGUGCAAAUAAGUUCGAGACACUACGCAUACAAGAUUAUCACGAAUUGUCUAGUGGUGAAACAAAUCACAGAACGUUUGCCCAACAUCACAAUGGACAAGCACAGAUUCAAGAUUCUGCAAAACUUACCUUUGGCCGAUCCGGAAUUUUACCGAUCUACCGAUGUGGAUGUAUUGCUAGAUGCUGAGAUGUUUUGGAGCAUUCUUUGCAUUAGACAAAUCAAGGAGUCCUCAGAGCAUCCUUUGCUUCAAAAAACGAUGUUCGGAUGGAUAAUAGACGGUAAAUAUCCAAGUAAUGUUGCAACACAAGGAACGACACAAUGUAACCUUUCAGUGAAUCAUACUAGUCUAGAGCAAGCUGUUGAAAGGUUUUGGCAAAUGGAACAAGUUUUGGUCAAACCGGUGCUUACAGCCUGUU